AUCUCGGAACACAUAGACUACAACUAGAACGAUACAGCCUGCGUGUGGGUGAGAGAGAGAGAGAGAGAAUGGCUGCUGGUUCUCAGACUAUCAUAGCUCCCACUGAUGCUGAGCUCCUGCAGGCGCAAGCCGACCUAUGGCGCCACAGCCUCUACUACCUCACAUCCAUGGCGCUCAAGUGCGCCGUCGAGCUUCACAUCCCAACUGCUAUCCAUAACCUUGGAGGGGCUACCACGCUGCCAAACCUGGUAACCGCACUAUCCCUUCCUCAGACUAAGCUUCCAUUCCUCCGCCGGUUGAUGCGGCUGCUUGUCACAUCAGGCAUCUUUGCAUCUGAAAGAGAUGCAGAGGUGGAGACCUACCGCCUCAACCCACUCUCCUGGCUCCUGGUAGAAGGUGUGGAAGCAGAAGACCACACCUACCAGAAAUACUUUGUGCUCGGCACGGUCUCACGGCAUUAUGUUGAGGCUGGAUUGUCUCUCGCUGACUGGUUCAAGAAGGAUUUGCCUGCCUCACUACCAUCGCCAUUCGAAGAAUUACAUGGUGUGCCACUCGUCCACGAGACUACAAAGCUCCUUGACGAAGAGCUUGACAGAAUUGUCAAUGAAGGUGUGGCUGCACAUGACAAUUUGGCAAUUGGAACCAUUAUUCGAGAGUGCAACGAUCUCUUCAAGGGUGUUCAAUCACUGACUGAUUGCUGUGGUGGUGAUGGCACGACUGUGAGGGCAAUCGUCAAGGCAUUCCCUGACAUCAAGUGCACAGUGCUGGACCUUCCAAAGGUUAUUGAGACUGCACCAGCUCAUGAUUCAGUAAACUAUGUAGCGGGCGACAUGUUCCACUCCAUCCCACCUGCUCAAGCUGUGAUGCUCAAGCUUGUACUGCACUUCUGGAACGAUGAGGAUUGUGUUAAGAUCCUGGAGCAGUGCAGGAAGGCAAUUCCUUCCAGAGAAGAGGGGGGGAAGGUGAUUAUCAUAGAAAUAGUCCUUGGCCCUUCUAUGGGGCCAAUAAUGUACGAAGCCCAACUCCUUAUGGACAUGCUCAUGAUGGUGAAUACCAGAGGCAGGCAGCGGGAUGAAAAUGACUGGCGCGACAUCUUUAUUAAAGCAGGUUUCUCCGACUAUAAGAUUGUCAAGAAAAUAGGAGCUCGUGGCAUCAUCGAAGUUUACCCGUAAGACUGCACACCCUUCAAAAUAUGUUCAAUGUGUGGUUCACUAUGGACAUGACCAUGUGCUGUGAGGAAAAAAAUAAAUGGAGAACCUCAUUUCCUAGAUAAAGUUUCAGCGAUCUGAAAGCAGAUGAGCUGUUCAGCUUUCUUGCAUUGAGAUCCAUGUAGUUUCUGCUUGAAAUGUACUAGAGUACUCUUCGUGGUUUAAUUUCCAGUGUGCUAUGUUGAUUUGACUUCGACCAUAUAUGUUUUAUAUGGUUGUUUGUUUAUGUGUAAGCCACAAGUUAUCAUACAAUGUGUAAUUUAUUAUGAUAUGUCACUGCAUAGUGUACCACUA